AUGAAGUGUAUGGUAUUCUGCAUACUCAAUAUAAUAACAGUGAUCAACGGUUAUGACUACAACGCUAAGUUAAGGAACCCGGAAUGUGGUCAGCCUAUCGAUAAGGGAGGGUGUAGGGCAAUUCACGAGAGAUGGGCCUAUGAUCCACAGACAAACAAAUGCGUGGAAUUCAUCUAUGGAGGAUGCCGCGGAAACGAAAACAAUUUUCGCUCUAGGAGAGAAUGCAACUUGAAAUGUCUAUGGAAAGGUGUGCCAAUCGCUACAAAUAGUGCUACCGUACCAACCGAAAGCAGCACACCUAUGACCGUCCCGGGAACAUUAAGAAACCCGGAAUGCGGUCAGCCCAUCGAUCAAGGAGGAUGCAGAGCAAUUAUCGAGAAAUGGGCAUACAUUCCAAAGGAAAACAAGUGUGUGUCAUUCAACUAUGGAGGAUGUCGUGGAAACGAUAAUAAUUUCAACAGUAGGAGAGAAUGCAACAUGAGAUGUGUACGAAAAGGAAUUUAA